AUGGCGAGCCAUCUCUUCACCUACGGAGGAGCCGCCGCCCAAUCAGCUCCGCCUCCCGCCCCUCCCCUCUCCACCGUCUACACCCCCCGCUCCCUCGCCCAAUCCUACCUCUCCGACCCGGUGGCCCAACGUUACCUCUCCGGGUCCGACCCUCUCUCCACCUCCUCCAUGUACUUCUCCGCCUCCGACGGCCUCGGCGCUUACUCCGACGCCGCCAGGGCCACGUCAUACAUGAUGUCAUCCUGGCCCGCCCCGGAUGCCGAACCCGCCCCGCCCGGCUUCAAACGCUCCUCUGAAGCGCUCUACCAUCAGGCUCUUUUGGGUGCCCAUGAUCCGAUUGGGCAAAUGGAAGCUUGGUAUUCCACAAAUCCUUUAGCAAAGCGACCUAGAUUCGAGAAUACAAGCUUGCCUAUUUAUCCACAGAGGCCAGGAGAGAAAGAUUGUGCCCACUAUAUGCAAACAAGAACGUGUAAAUUUGGAGAGGCCUGCAAGUUUGACCAUCCUAUUUGGGUUCCUGAGGGUGGAAUCCCAGAUUGGAAAGAGGUUCCACUUGCUGCUCCAAGUGAGUCCCUUCCUGAAAGACCUGGAGCGCCAGAUUGUCCAUACUUUCUGAAAACUCAAAGAUGCAAGUUUGGUCUUAGAUGCAAGUUUAAUCAUCCAAAGGACAAACUGGCUACUGCGGGUGCUUCGGAAAAUGGUGAUGUUAAUGCCUUACCUGAGAGGCCUUCUGAACCCCCAUGUGCAUUCUACUUGAAAACUGGGCAAUGCAAGUAUGGUGCAACCUGCAAAUUUAAUCACCCAAAAGACAUCCAGAUACCAUCAACCACUCAAGAGAAUAAAUCUGCCGAAACUGAGACAGCUCUUAAGACGGAAAGCAGUGAAGUUGCUGUGAAGCCUCUUGUUUCAUUCACUCCAGCACUAUUAUAUAAUUCCAAAGAGCUUCCUGUGAGACCGGGUGAAGCUGAUUGUCCAUUCUACCUGAAGACUGGAAGUUGCAAGUAUGGGGCCACUUGCCGGUACAACCACCCUGAUAGAUAUGAUAUCAAUCCACCUGUUGCUGCAAUCAGUUAUCCUCUUCCAGCGCCUUCAGUUGCUGGUUUUAACUUAGGAGUUGCUAAUCCAUCUGCCUUCACUUACCAAACUUUGGGGCAAACAACGAUGGGAGUGAACCCUACUGUCUAUCCUCAGCGCUUCGGACAAACUGAGUGUGAAUACUAUAUGAAGACUGGGGUUUGUAAGUAUGGUGCACAAUGCAGAUUCCAUCACCCAAUAGAUAGGCCAGCAGUGCCGUUGUCAACAACAAAACCAUCUCAACAAGAAAAUGUGAAGCUAACACUAGCUGGACUACCUAGGAGAGAGGGUGCUGUUAUAUGUGUGUACUACCUUAAAACUGGCACAUGCAAGUAUGCCGCAUCCUGCAGAUUUGACCACCCACCUCCUGGUGAAGUUGUAGCAAUGGCAGCAUCACAAGCAAAAUCUGAUUCUACUGGAGGGAAAGCAUAAGCAGCUGAAUCCACACCACAGCAGCAGUAGGCUCCAGAAUGAAGAAGAGAUGAGGCCUCGGAAGGAGGUUUGUGUCAAAAGUAUUGCCAUCUGCGGUGGUCUAUUUUGUACCAUGUUUCUGAGCAUAAUGGUUUAUAAAAUAUUGCCCCUAUCAGCCAUUCUUUAUGCUCUGAGUAUAAGGACGUGCAAGUGUUGACCUAUUCGUUCUCCUUUAUUAAGCUGAGUCUCUCUGCAUGUAC